GUCAGAUGCAACUCAGGUAGCCAAACAAGUUCGACUUCCAGUUUCACCACCUGCCAUGGGCAAACUUUGUCCACCAUAUUGAGGAGGUGCCUCAUGGAGACCGAGAGUAACCUCAACUUUGUGCGGGACAGCCGCACCGCCCAACGUGUCACGGAGAUCCUCCGGGAGGUGCGCGACUGCGAGGUGCCCAAGCCGCUGCGGCCGCAUGUGGCGCCGGAGCUCAAGCAACAGCUGCUGCCGCUGAUCAUCUUCUCCGACUUCGAGUUGGAUGAUUUGAUGGCGAUUGCCGAAGUCUGGCAGUGGAAAGCUGUGCACAUGGGAGCGGCCGAGAAUUCCAGGCCUGUGAUUGUGUUUUGCUGCGACUUCAAGACCAAAGAUGGAGGUGAAGUCUUCGAAAAGAAGAUCUUGAUGGCGCGCCUGAUGUUGGGCGUCACCAUGAAGGAUAUCUACAUCUUGGUCCAAAACCCUGGUGAAAACCAAGUGAAUUGGACCUACUUCGAUCAGAAGGUGCAUCCGAUGGCUCCCAAGCUUUUCCGAGAAAAGCAAGAGUUGCUGGCGGCUGCAGCGCAGGAGAUCGCAGAGGUCUCCGUGGUGCCCAGCACGGAAAUCGUGGAUGUCUACUUCAUUGCGCCUGGACGGGGUAUCUUCGCGGAGUUGCUCAAUGAGGUUGAGCAGAAACAUCCGGAGGGCUUUGCACAGUUGGCGCAGAAAGCCCACGUUGUGAUGUACACUGGAAGCUUCAACACGCAGGGGACGACCAUCAAGAAUGAGCAGGAUCCUGGGCCCUUCGACUAUGACAAGAUUCGCAAGCUCUGCACGGCUCGACCCUUGGUAGACAUUUCCAAGUUUGUCUUCUUUGGCAGAGAGACGUGUCAUCCCUGCACGAUCAGCGCCGACAGCUUCGCGUCCCCUACCCUGGCGCAGCAGUUGGCCGACCGCUCAGAGUUGCUGUCGGCUUCCAUCAUUGCUUUUGUGGAUGAGUUCCAGGGGAACUUGGUGCGCCCCGAGAACAAGUCCCUCUUUCGAGGAUCCGAGCUCUCGGAAGACGAGUGGAAGCACUUCCGAGAGGAGAUCGCCCCGCUGGCCAACAAGAACAUGCAAGAAUAUGCCGCGAAGCUCGCGAAGGAUCCCCUUUUCGCGAAGGUCGCCGGCUACAAGAAGAGCACUGUCAAUGCAUUCCAUCGAGGGAGUUGUGACGCACCCUUGUGCGAUCAGGUAUGCUUUAUCUAUGAGUGGUGCACGCACAGUUGCAUAGAGGACUUGGAGGCGGUGGAAGGACAUUGGUGGUUGAACCGGAAGAAUGGUUUCACAGGCGUCGCCUCCACGGCGAUCCCUGAGGGGUGCGAAGACUUGCAGAUCCGAGCCAUUCAGCCCUACAUGAAGGAGCCACAGAACGUGGAGUUGCUGAACCGGAUGCGCUCAGCCUUGGAACGGCUGGUGGUGUACCACAUGUCGAUGAUUCCACCAGUGAAGUCGGCAGCAGAUGUGAUUGGAUGAAAAAGAUGAACCACAAACAACAAAC